UCGCGUUCCUGCAUACACCACGGCAGACAACUGGUACCAUAAUACCGUCACAAUAAUAUUAUUGUCGUUUCGCCGUGCUCCCGGCGAGCGAUUGGGUACCGAAGUYGAUAUAUUAUUAAAACGUUUAUCGUAAUAUAUUACAAUACAGUUUUGCGCUGCAAGCAGUGUUAUAAUAUUAAUCUUGCUGGKCUAGGGUCGAGUGCCCGUCCGUUUUUCUCCGGUGAUUACCGAUCGUAAUACCGCGACUUGUUCGCGUCUACUUUCCCGCCGUAGCACGCCGACACCGUCAAAGUCGCUGGUGGUGCGCGUACUUGCCAGCCAACCGUUGGUCCUUCAGAUGUGCACCGCUGCGGAGUGACAACGACGACGAGUGACGACAAUGGCGCAAGAACGCAAAAACAGCGGACAGAACUUAGAGAUGCAAGAUAAACAUGACGGUUGCCUGUCAGCGACCGACGAAGAACGCGAACCCUGUCUGAAGGCGUCCGCCGACCCGUCGCCGGUGACCGAAAAGAACAACGGCACGAUAACCGCGCCUCCGCCGUCCGCGGACAACAACAACGGCACCAGUAACGGAAAGUUCCACGCGUUCGCGGCCGCCACCAGCCUGGAGCAGAAGCUCCGGGACAAGACCGGCUUCUCCAGAACAGGUCUGGCCGUGGCCGUGGCCGCGCUGCUCCUGUGCGUUGUCCUGUUCAUCACGUUGGUCGUGCUCCUCAUCUUGUGGCCCGCACCGCCGCGCUACUUCCCCGUCUGCCGGAGGGCUGCCUGUCUCCGAGCUUCAGCCGAGGUUCUACCCAAAAUUAACUUUACUCAACAUCCGUGCGAAAAWUUUAGAGAAUACUCUUGUGGAGGAUGGCUGCAGACCAAUGACUUGCCGGCUUACAUGAGUUCGUGGAGUUUGAAAAAACGGAUUCAACAAGAUCAAAAAAUAAAGAUCAGGAACAUGGUUGUUACGCUGAGAAACGUUGCCAGUUCCACCUCGUUGAACUGGAAGAUGAAGCAUUUCUACGAAUCGUGUAUGAACCUAGACAAUAUCGAAACAGAUGAAGGAAAACCUUUGAAGAAGAUUAUUAGUACAAUCCUAGGUGGCUGGCAUGUCUUAAAAGAUUUUAACGUUCAUGAGUGGGACGUGACUAGUACUAUUGUACAAUUGCACUCCAAAUACAACGUGAGUCCGUUUUUCAAGAUAGACGUUGUUCCUGACGAUAAGGUUUCAGGCCAAAACAUAAUUCAGAUAUCUCCUGCAGGACUAGGCUUACCCGACCGAAGAUAUUAUUACAGGCAGCAAGACAACAGAAUUGUGGCAGCGUACAAACAGUACAUGGUGGACGUAUCGCAAUUACUGGGCGCCACCAGUGGUGACGCAUCGAUAUUCAGCAACGACAUGUUCCACUACGAGAAACGUAUCGCGGAAAUUACCCCAGCUAGCAAACAAGAGGACCCAUUUAACUCUCACAGACGRUUCAAGUUGUCGAAACUGAAAGAAAUUGCUGGAAUGAUCCCACUUUUAGACAUCUUGCAAUCAAAGUUCCCAGAAAGUAACAUUGGUGACGACACGUUCAUCUCGGUUGUAUCGCCGACCUAUUUCAGUAACUUGUCUAAUCUGAUAUCGUCGUCAGACCGCAGUGGACUUAACGACUAUUUUAUGUGGAAAAUGGCUGAAGCCUAUGUCCCAUAUUUGUCGGUGAAGUUUAGAGAAAUCGUUAAAAUUUACACAGCCGAGCUUACGGGUGAGAAAGAUUUGCCGCCUAGAUGGGAGAUUUGCGUUUCUUUGUUGCAAAAGUUUAUGGGAUUCGGUAUAACUGCUACGCUGGAACCAAACAUCGAAAAAAAAACUGAAGUUGUAGCUGUAGUGAAAGAUGUUUUUGAGAACAUUAAAGAGUCGAUCAUAUCAAACGUUAAAAAAAAUCAAGACUUAGGACCCGAAUUGAGUGAUCACGUUUUAAACAAGUUGAAUUCACUGACAGUACAAAUCGGGCUACCAGAAAAUAUGCUUCAAGAGAAUUACGUGAAUCAAUUUUAUAACCAGUUACCUAUUCAAAAGCUUGACUUUUUCCAAAACGUAAAUUAUGCCAUAUCAUUCAUUAAAGAUUACUCGCAGAUCAAACUCAAAUCCAAGAAAGAAGAAUAUGGGUGGUUAGAUGACUUGGUGUCUGAAGAUCCAAAAGUCACAUACAACGUAGCCAGCAACAAAGUAAUCGUUCCACUGUCAUUGCUUUCGCCACCUUAUUUCGAGAUCGGUUAUCCUGAGGCUUUGUUGUAUGGAGGUUUGGGUGUAGAAAUCAGCUCAGCCAUUCUGUCCAGCGUGUAUCCACCUGGAGUGGCUCACGGCACGGACGGAGUAUUGUUACAAGCCCACUCGGCGGCCGUCAACCGAAGUAUCGGCGCCACAAUUGAGGCCCGCUCUUGCUUCGGUCAAUUCCUAAAAGACCAACAGGUGGAGUACACUAACAAUACUGUGUUAACAGCCAUGUUAUCAGUAUCGAGUGUUCGGUUUGCCCUUCAGAGCUUGACGCAAAAAACUCAAACUGAAACACAUUACCAUCAACCAGCCAUGGAGUCAUAUGAAUACGAYGCGCUGUUCUUCAUAGGAUACGCACAAUCUCUAUGCACAAUCAAAUCUCCACAACAACAAGAUUUGGACACUAUGUACGACUUGAUGUCUGACGAAUCUCUUUU